AGGAAGUGUGGCGGAGUUCCCGGGGCACGGCUUGCGAGCGCUAUGGAGGCCUACGAGCAAGUCCAGAAGGGCCCCCUGAAGCUGAAAGGCGUGGCAGAGCUCGGCGUGACAAAGCGGAAGAAGAAGAAGAAAGACAAAGACAAGGCCAAGAUGCUGGAGGCCAUGGGGACGAGCAAGAAGAGCGAGGAGGAGAAAAGGCGCUGCCUGGACAAGCGCACGCCGGCGCAGGCAGCCUUCGAAAAGAUGCAGGAGAAGCGGCAAAUGGAAAGAAUCCUGAAGAAGGCAUCAAAAACCCACAAACAGAGAGUGGAGGACUUCAACCGACACCUGGAUACACUCACUGAGCACUAUGACAUUCCCAAAGUCAGCUGGACCAAGUAACCUGCCCCUGGUGCAAAAAGGCAGAAGGCCAGGUUGACAGUGUUUUGUCUUGUCCCUCCGUGUUUUCUAGAAUGUUUUACACCUGGCUGGUGAAUCUGCUGAGACCAGGUUUUCUGAGACUUGAUUAAAGUCAGGGUGUCCUUUCACUGGGUUUUGGUUUUGGGGUAGUUCCCUUUCCUGUUUGGACAGCAACAUUGUAGAUUGAUAUGCUGAGGUCAUUUCUGGGUGAAGGCCUUGGAAGGAUGGCCCCCCUCCCACCCCCAUUGCGGCAUCUGUCUUCACUUACACCACAAUGCCAGGACAGAAAGCUCACGUGGACCACCACAGAAGUUCCCACAGUGCUGCUCUAUUUUGGGCCACCUGGACAUCAGAUUGCAUCUGCAACACCACCUGAAGCAAGAGUGGGACACAGGACACAGGUCUGCAGCACAUAGCCUGUCCCACAGUCCACCCUGUAGACUGCCAUGGCAGAUGUUGCUAAUCUCCGUUCUCAGUGAUGGCACCUGAGUUUUUAAGUAUGUGGCAUGUGGCAUAAGCCGGGUUGGCAUUCCUGGUCUAAGGAGACCAAAUGCUAGACGUGGCCCAGGCAGAGUGCCAGCAGACAUGGUGUAGUGGUGCAGAUGCUGCAGAGCUGUGGCAUCUGAGGGACUAAGGGGACCACUUGAAGAGUUUCUGCACACGCUGUUGAGAGAUGCAGCUCCUUUUGCCAUAGAUACUGAAAGAAUGACAAAUCCGUGGAGCUGACAUGUCUGGAAUAAAGUGAAUACCAGUUAUGGAGUGUGAAUGUUGUCUGUCCUGGCUGUCCAUCACAGGGACACCUUUCCAUUCUCGUCCCUGAAGAAUGAAGAAUGCACUCCAACUCAGCUUGUGAGACUUGGCUGCAAGUGAUUUUACCCACUGAGCUGUGUCACAGUCAGGUGGACUGUGUUCACACCUGAGGGAGAUGGUGUGUGCAUACCUUGUCUCAAGUGUUUAGAAUCUUUGUGGAUUUGGGGAUUUUUCCAGAUUUGGGGAAUAGGGAACACAAUGAUUUUUGUAAUAUGUAAUGAGGUGUUGCAGUGACUGUCACAGAUUUGCAUACAUUUGAUUUCUGUUCGAUUUGCUCCUGUGCACAUAGCCUAAAGUCAUAUUAAUUUUUUUCUGUCUUCGAACAUAGCAUACAAUAUACACAGUCUUUUUGAAGAACUUUGUGCGUGAAACAGAUAUAUGAGAUUUACUUGUUUGGGGUUUUUUGUUUGACUUGGAGCGGGGUUGGAGACAUGGGGUUGGCUGUCCUGAAACACUAUGUAGACCAAGCUAUUAGAUUCUCUUCCUUCUGUCUCUGGAGUGCUAGAAUUGAAGGCAUGCACUACCAUGCCCUUUUUUGCUUCCUUUACCUAGGUUCUAUAGCUCAGGCUGCCAAUCCAUAGCCUGAAGACCUAAGUUCAAGUCCCAGGAUCCACAUGCUGGAAGAAGAGAACUGAUUCCCACAAAUUAUCCUUUGAACUCAUACACAAUACACACAAUAAAUAUUUAAACAAAAAGUAAGGAGGAGCCGGGUGUGGUGGCACACGCCUUUAAUCCCAGCACUCGGGAGGCAGAGGCAGGCGGAUUUCUGAGUUCGAGGCCAGCCUGGUCUACAAAGUGAAUUCGAGGACAACCAGGGCUACACAGUCUCAAAACCCUGUCUCGAAAAACCCAAAAAGGGGGGGGGGAUAAGAAGGAAAUGGGCUAAUAUGAUCAAAAUACAAAAUAUUACAUGUAUGGAAGUGGCAGAGAAAUUAAAAAAAUUUAUACUGGGUCUUACUAGAUAACUCUGGCUGGCCUGGAAUACAGAUCUGCCUGCCUCUGCCUUCCAAGUGCUACUAAUAUUUUUAAGUUAUGUGUCCAUGUGGGUGUGUAUACGUGAGUGCAGGUGUCCACAGAGGCCAGAGGAGUCAAAUCACCUGGAACUGGAGUAACAGGCAGUUGUGACGCACCAGAUACAGUGUUGGGAACAAUUUGGAGAGAGCUCAGUGGUUACGAGUGAAUACUGGCCUGGAGAGAUGGCUCAGUGGUUAAGAACACUAGCUGCUCUUUCAGAGAUCCUGUGGCUCACAACUAUUUAUAAUGGGAUCUGAUGUCAUUGUCUGGCAUGCAGCUAUACAUGCACAUAGAGGACUGAUAUAAAUAUUUUCUAAAAAAAAAAAUACUGCUGCAGUCCUAAAAAACUGAAGGGGCUGGGUGGGGGGGGGAGCGGAGCUCUUGCUACCCAAACUGAAAACCUGGGUUUGAUAUCUGGUACCUACAUGAUGGAGAAAGCUGACCCCUGCCACUCUUCCUCUGACCUCCCUAUUGAAGAAUGAAAAAUUACUGGCCUCUUGUAAGAACAUGAAUUUUUUACCUCGGAGCCCACCCCCUCCCAUCUAGAGAUUGUUCUCGGAACACUCCUAAACUUUUCACCCCAAAACUCCUCACCCUAAAGUUCGAAAAAACUGUUCCAAGAACAUUUUUGAGAUAAAGGCCUCCUGACGUAGAUUCCUUGAUAGGACAUGACUCCUUAGUUACCUAGAUUCCUUUGGCAGAACUCCCUAGUGAUGUAAACUUGUACUUUUCCUGCCCAGUUCUCCCCCUUUGAGUUUUACUAUAUAAGCCUGUGAAAAAUUUUGGCUGACUGUCGAGACUCCUCUACCCUGUGCUAAGGUGUAUGAGUUUCGACCCCAGAGCUCUGUGUGCUUUCAUGUUGCUGCUUUAUUUCGACCCCAGAGCUCUGGUCUGUGUGCUUUCAUGUCGCUGCUUUAUUAAAUCUUACCUUCUACAUUUUAU